AUGUCUGUCUUGUUAAGCAUCAAUUGUGCGUUAAUUCUAGUUCUUAUUACGAGAAUACUCCAUCUGGGCAAAUGCCAAACUGUCCAAGUUUUCUUUCGUAUAAACGAUGGUAAAUAUUUAGCGAAUCACGUCAUCGAAACCAAACACGCUGAAACCGAGUUAGAAUGUAGUAUACUUUGCGUUGACCAUGGAUCUUGUGUGUCGGUUAACUACAAAACUUCUGGAAUCGGGAAAGGUCGAUGUGAGCUCAACAACAAGGCCAUUCAAGACACAUCUGAUGUUGUUAAACGUUCGAUUGACCAAAAUUUCAAGCACAUUUUUAUAAUCAAAAAGAUACCUCCGAGUCGAGUUUCAACAAGCAAUCCAGAGAUAUCACAAAAUUUCUCCACAGGAGUGUUGAACGAUACCAACCAAUCGCCUUCAAUUUAUGUUGAAACUUCUUGUACGAAUUUACGAACAAAAAAUCCAGCAACUGUGAGUGGGAUAUAUUCUAUAAAACCACAAGGCUUUAACUUAUUGGUUCGAGUAUUUUGUAACAUGACUUCAAAGAAUGGUGUUGGCGUGACAGAGAUUGGACAUGACAGUGAAUCGAGGACACUUGUGGACGGAUAUAAUCGCCCGGGUUCUUAUAAGAGAAAGAUUAAAUAUGUCAUUUCCACGGAGCAGAUAGUCGUCAUAAUGAAUCAGUCAAAGUAUUGUGAGCAGUUUAUAAAAUACGAAUGUCAUGGUAGUAGGUUGCUGAAAAACUCGAAUGGUUGGUGGGUAUCACGUCAAGGUUCAAAGAUGAAUUACUGGGGCGGAGCGGCAGUCGACAGUGGAAACUGUUCAUGUGGAAUGACCAACAGCUGUGCAGGUGGACGUAAAUUCAAAUGUAAUUGUGACAAAAAUGACGAAACAUGGCGUGAAGACAGUGGAUACCUGACAGACAAGAACACGCUGCCUGUUACUGAACUUAGAUUUGGAGAUACUGGUGACGAUCCGGAUUCUAAAGGAACUGAGCUUGGUUAUCAUACCCUUGUUAAAUUACGUUGUUGGGGUUAA